AUGGAGAGGCUUGAUUGCAUGGAAAGGAAGCUGCUUAGACUGCUGCUUGGCUAUUUUUGGCCUAAGAUGUGCCACAAUGAAAAGCUUUACGCGGACAUCGAUGUGGUGUAUAGGUGGGAAACACGUGGAAGAUAUCAACAUCUUGCACCGCCACCGAAGGUCUCUACAGAAAAUCGUCUUCACCUCUUAGGUAAUGUGUUGAGGGGACCAGCAGAUCGCCUUCUUCAACGAGUUUGUCGGAUUCAAGCUGGAGGAGGCCAAAUGCCCGUAAACGGAAGUUCUGGGUUAAGGUGA